AAUUUAGCGCCAUCUAGACGUGAGGUUGUGGAUAGCAACCAAUGGCUUACUCCAGCCCUCCUCCUCCUUUCGAAGUUCUACGGAGGCUGAGAGAGGACUAAAGAUGCUGUCACGUUUUCGCUUCUUUGCCAAAAGAGAUUACAUAUUUACGUAAUGCGCUUUGUAGAGCAGUUUGUCAGUUUAGGGCUACUGUAGAAACAACAUGAUGAAUUCCAUAUAAGGGGACCCGCAGUGUAUAUGGAAAAACAUAACACUUCAUUAUAUAAGGUCUUUAUACACCUCUGAAGAUAUAGUUAUGUGUUUUAUAUUGCAUUUCUGUCAACAGAUCCUCAAAACAAAGACACAUCGGACAUACAAGAAAGUUACUGUUUCAAUUGUUUUUUCUUACUGUUUUAAAAUGUUGUUAAUUGCAUUUCACUGCCUUACUAUGCUUGCUGAUAUGCUUGUUUGUUUGUUUCUCUGUUUUUGUUGUAGUAAGUGUUUUAGCCCAUAGAAACACAACAAGUUGAAAGCAUGCUGGAUGUGUUUUUGCAUGGCGUUCCCAUCCCAGUUAAAUAUGGCCUGGCUUCGUGGAAACCAACUUAGCGACUACAUAGCAACGGGAACAGAAGCUCUGUCAUCUCAGUUUGUCAUGAAUGGAAUGCCUUUCAAGCUGCUGAAUGUUGCUGCCUCAUAAAAAAGGAUUCUCGUCGUACACUAAACCUCUGUAUUAUCAUUUAGAAUGGCUGUUCUUUACCUUCCUCUUUCUUUACUUACAAUCAACAAUUUCAUCACAAAGUGCAUUAAGCUAUUAGUGAGGUUUCUGUUGUAAUAGCCUAUUAGAUUUUCAGUUGUUUUGGUGCUUCUCUUCUUCUGGUUUUUACUGUUUUUCGUCUUUUAUCUCCAGUGUGGGAGGGCACUUAUUUUGCCUUUCACCCUUGUUGUUCAUUAGUAUUCUGUACUCACUCUUUGAAGACUUUUGAGCUCUGUGCACUAUAAAUUUUGGUCGUAUUCUAAGUGAAAGUCUGUUUUGCUACACUGGCCAGUAUUUUGUGGAUCCGCAGCCUUUUGGUCACGGCUGCUUUAGGGAUCAUAUCAGGUGUGGCGGGAAUGAGUGUAUAAUCGGUACAGGUUAGAUCAGAACACAUCAUAACUGGGAACUGGGUGUCUAAUCUUUUGUUAGUAGUGUUGUAAUUGCUCUAAAUUUCCCGGGGUGAUGGAUGGGAGUUGGAAAGGUUUGUGGACUUUGGUUCUCACAACACUCAUUUUUGAAGAAUCUAUAGGAUUUCAGAUCAGGAAUGAAGAGCUGAGAAAGUGUGUGCAGGUAAAUGAAGACCAGGUCAGCGGUAGGUUAAGCCUGCAGGAGUGCAGAGCAGGUUCCACUCUUCAGGAAUGGCACUGGAACCCUGUGAACCGCACCCUCAGCAACCCACAGACGGGAGGGUGUUUAACUGCACCCAAGAUCCAGGUCCUUGAAAUUGUUUGGUUACGAGCUUGCAGGUCUGAGGAACAGGAUUAUGAUGAUCAGACCUGGAGUUGCUCUAAAAAGGGUCUCCUGACAUUACACGGCAAGGGUCUGCACCUAAGUGCACUCCAUGAUUCCUCCAAGCUCUUAUUGUCCAAAAGUCGCGGAAAAGGCAGCAAGUGGAAGACGUUGGCUAAUCGAACAAUAUGCGAGGAUGCAGACGGUACACACGAUGGCCAGAAUGUUUUGCAAGAGUCUCAGCAGACACUUCAGACUGGACCCAGCAUCCUCACUAAAAUUCGCUAUUGGCAUUCUGAGAGAAUUGACAUUGCUGGUCCUAAAACCACUGAAGAAACACAGACUUCAUUGCCUGAACCUCAAAGUAGCAAGGAACAUGAGGGACCUUCUGUUAAUGUAUUCACUGCCCACGACUAUGGGAUGGGCUGGAAAAUGACUAUGAUACUUUUGAGUUCCUUGGCCCUGUUACUUGGACUUGUUAUCCUCAUUCUGAACAUCUAUCAAAACAGGAGGAAGAGGACUGUUGUGGUGCUGAAAUCUUACACUCCAACAGAAGAGGUCAGUCAACCAGGUUCUCCUGUGCCUAGUGAAAGAGCACCUCUAACCCAACACCUCAUGAAACCUGCCCAGUCACCUUCUAUACAGAGAGGCGAGAUCCUUGUGGAGUGGAAAGAUGGAACAGUCACCCCGCUGUUUGAAACAUACCUAACUGACUAAGAUCUGUAGGCUACUUACGUUUGUUAUGUAAGAUCUAGUGUGAAGGAAUGGUUUAUUUCACAUAUUCAACAUCUUACAAAAUCACAGACAUCUGUUGGGACUUCUUCAGAAAAAAAAGUUGAAUUUAGAAAAGCUGAGGUUGGGCUGUGAUCAAAGACAAUAUUCUAUGCCUUGCCAGAAAGAUUAAAGGUAACAUCAGGUCAAAUACAGUUUGAACUACUACCAUAUAAGUACUGUGAUUCUGUUUGAUAGAUUUCUGUCAUUUUAAGCCAGAAUGCUUGAAUAUGUUUUAAACUAAUGUUGGUUUUUUCUUAAACCGCACAAGCCUAACAGCACUUAUUUUUCAUUGAAGUGAAUAGUGUUUACAAUGCUAAUUAUAAUAGAAUUUGAGGAAAACAUACCAUUAGGUUGAAAUCACAUUUUGCAGUUCUAAAUAAACUUGUGUGACUUACAAACUGUGUUUUAAACUUGUUUUCAGUGAGCAUCAGAGCACCACCCUAAAUGUUUUUCCAGGUUUAUAAUUAAUCAAGGUAACUUUUCCUGUUUCUGUUUCUGUUGACUUGUUGCUUUGUAAAGAUCUGUUGUGAAGGACAGGAGCCCAAAAAUGGAAAACAUGUCUGUGCAGGCAUGUUGGAAGGGCAGAAAGAAUGUGACAUGUUUAGAGCGGGAGAGGUAGAGGGACGUAAAUGAGGGGUUUACAUGAAAGGAAGAAAAAUUAUAGUUAGCAAAUACUGUCUCAAUUGGUGUAUUGCACACGCUCAUUCAUUGAAAAAUAUGUGGUUAUGUUGUUUUGCUUCACAGUUUAUAGGCUAAACCCUACAGAUGAUAAGAUGGUUCUGAAAAAAUAUA